AUGGGUUCAUGUCGACAAUGCCAGCAAAAACACAACACUCUCCUCCAUAGUUCUAAUGAUUACGUCACUGCCAACUUAAGCACAGAUGAGCAAGUUGAACCAAACGAAUCUGUAGCAACCUUUUCUAGACAAAUGUCCAAGCAUGUUCUCCUAUCUACAGCAUUGAUAGAAGUUCUCAAUCCUAUUAAUAAGCAGGUAGAAAAGGUUCGCGCUCUCUUGGAUUGUGGCAGCCAGUCUUCAUUUAUCACUAAAUCCCUGCAACGAAGAAUGUCACUAAAAACUUGCCCAUUGCAGGCAAUAAAUGUCAUUGGGAUUGGCAAUAAUUCUUCUAAUACAGUGUACGAAAGCUGUCUCACUCAAAUAAAAUCUCUAAAUAGCAACUACAGCGUUACUCUUUCAUGUCUUGUUCUCAACGAAUUGACGGGCCGCUUACCUAAGACCCCAGUUGAUAUUCAAGCUCUCAAAAUACCUAAUUCUCUUACUUUGGCGGACCCUGAGUUCUACAAGCCAGCUCCGAUUGAAGUUUUAAUUGGAGCAGAUAUCUUCUGGGACAUUCUAAACAGCGAACAGCUUUCUUUAGGUCCUAAUAAUCCUAAAUUGCAAAAUUCUAAAUUCGGCUGGAUAGUAGCUGGUCCAAUCAACAAUUAUUAUUUCAGUAAAGAAAUUAUUCAUUGCAAUCAUGCCAGAAUUGCAAACCCUACUUCUGACGAAAUUCACAAAAUGCUCACAAAAUUCUGGGAGCUUGAAGAGCUACCCCAAAAAACUGUUCGAAGUCAAAAUGACAUAGCAUGCAAAAAACACUUUCUAACUACCACCACUCGCUUAGAAAGCGGCAGAUUCUGUGUGAAGUUACCCCUAAAGGACUCACCUGACUGCCUCGGCGAUUCAUACUCUCAAGCUAAAAAACGAUUCCUAAAUUUUGAGAAAAGAUUUAGACGAAAUAAAGAACUAAAUUCAAAAUACGUUGAAUUCAUUCGUGAAUACGCUGAUAUGGGCCAUCUAUCUGAAUCACCUACUCCUAUUCCAAAUCCAUCAUAUUUUUUGUGUCACCAUGCUGUCAUAAAGGAGAAUAGUGAAUCUACCAAACUUCGAGUAGUGUUCGAUGGCUCAGCCCCCACAACCUCUGGCUUCUCUGUCAAUGACAUCCUCAUGGUAGGCCCAAAUAUUCAAGACUCUCUUUUCUCCAUUUUAGUGAGAGCUCGGCAACAUAAAUUCAUUUUGACAGGUGAUAUCGCCAAAAUGUAUCGUCAGAUUCAAAUUGAAAGUUCAAAUCAAAAUUUGCAGCUCAUAUUAUGGAGAGAAGAUGAGUCUCAGCCUAUCAAAACUCUGCGACUGAGUACUGUCACUUACGGUACCGCAAGUGCCAGUUACUUGAGCACGAGAUGUCUUUGGCAGGUUGGACAGGAAUGUGGGGACGAAAUAAUCAAAAAUAUCAUUCAGCACGACUUUUAUGUCGAUGAUCUAAUCACCGGCUGUGAUGAUGAAGAUCAACUUAAAUAA